GAAAACUUAAUUAAGGGAACAUAAAAUACAUAUGUUGAUGAUUUUACAAAAAAAAAAAAUGCAUAUUUUUAACAGCAUAUAGGAUGUGAUUUUGAUCUUAGUAAGAGAAAUGAUGUCAUGCAUGUGCCAGAAAGGAAGUUUUUUACUAAAGCUCCUCACAUCUUCUGCAUAUCAGCUUAGACACUGUUUGAGGACACACUAAUCAGGUGCUCCAUUCUGACGUAAAGAUGGUGGUCUUCCCGAGCAGUUUAUUUGCAUUCGUUCUCUGCCUAAGAGCAUCAUCUGCUGGUGUUGACUCUUGGAAUGCUGAAAUACCAAAUUCAGUAGUGGGUCUGUCUGGAUCAUGUGUGGUGAUCCCUUGUAAGUUCAACUACCCAUCAGAUAGAAAGUCAUACUACCAAUUUACAGGAAUCUGGUACACAGAUAAAUAUGACAUAAUCUAUCACAAAGAGACUAACAAAAUCAUCAGCAAAUUCAGGGGUCGCACAACUCUUCUUGGUGAUCUGCAUCAGAAAGACUGCACUUUGAAAAUCAACUCUUUACAUCACAGCGAUGGUGGAACGUACAUGUUUCGCAUCGAGAUCAAAGAUUUAGACAAGGCCACAUUCUUGAAGAAUAAAGUUUCUAUUUCAGUGAAAGAUUUACCUGAACAACCCACCAUAUCGGUGAAGGAGGAAGUGAUGUCACAAAGAAAAGCGACUGCUACUUGUAUCGUGUCACAUUCCUGCUCGUCUGACCCGCCCCGUCUCACCUGGAGCCAUGAAGGCACUCUCACGAGUCUCUCUCAUCCACAAGAUCACGGUCAAUGGAGAUUAACAUCAUCUCUGACCUUCACACCCUCCAGAGAAGAUCAUAAUAAACCUCUCAUCUGCUCUGCAGACUUCAGUGGUGGGAAUAAAGUGACCAGCAGCAAAACACUCAAAGUUAAAUAUCCUCCAUAUAAUGUAAAUAUGAUGAGUUACUCGCCGGUGAAGGAGAACACAUCUGUUAAACUGAUCUGCUCUUGUGACAGUAAUCCACCUGCUAGUUUCCAGUGGAUUAGUUUAAAUGGAUCUUUGUUGGCAAAUGGACCCACCUAUAAACUGAAUCAAGUGUCCCGGUAUACUGAAGCCAUAUCCUGCACCGCCAAUAACACAGAGGGACAAAACAACUCCGGGCCUCAGAAGAUUAAUGUGUUGUAUCCUCCAUAUAAUGUAAAUGUGAAGAGUAACUCGCCGGUGAAGGAGAACACAUCUGUUGAACUGAUCUGCACCUGUGACAGUAAUCCGCCUGCUAAAUUCCAGUGGAUUAGUUUAAAUGGAUCUCUGUUGGCUAAUGGACCCACUUAUAAACUGAAUCAUGUGUCCCGGUAUACUGAAGCCAUAUCCUGCACCGCCAGUAACACAGAGGGAAGAAACAGCUCCGGUCCACAGAAGAUUAAUGUGUUGUAUCCUCCUGAGAUAAAAAACGAGUCUUCCUGCAAAUCAGGGCCUCUUACAGUCUGUGUUUGUAUCGUGGACUCCAACCCACCCAGUGAAGUCAAGUGGCUUGGUCUCUCAACAACUUUCCCCAGCUCCAGCAUUGAACAAAAUGGUUUUCUUAGCACCUUUACCCUUCAGGGGUGGCUGGGUUUCCCUGACGCUAUCAAUUGCUCUGCCAGUAACAGCGAGGGAAACUCUGUCAUAACUAUGCAAGUGCCGCAUCGUGGUAUGAUCAUAUAUAUUGUGGUCGCCACAGCUGCUGUUUUGGUUACUCUAGUGGUCAUUUCAGUUUGUGUAGCCAAAAGACACCGCAAAGAAGAGAAAAUCAAUGACAUUUACACAUACAACAAAGAUGACUCAAAUGAUUAUGAGAACUGGGAGUGUGAUGACAAAGACCUGCCACGUGGGCAACAUGAAGAUGAAGCAGUCUAUGCUAACACGUCAAAAUAAAUUUUCUGUAACUCAAGAUUCACUUGGCAGUAUCCUUUAUGAAUUCAGUUCACAUUUACAAAAGACUAAAAAAAAAAACCUAUGGAACACAUGCUUAGAGUAACAGAUGAUGACAAAAAGGUCAAGAAUUUUGCAUGAUUUAUGGGAUGAACAAAUUUCUAAAUGUUUUGAGGUGAAAUUCUAUUCAACAGAAAGAAAUAUAACGUAUUUCGAUGAUAUAAUUAAGCAAUUAAAAAUGUAGGAAACAGCAGACUAUUGUAUCAUCUGCAUGAUUGUAUCAAAGCAUUUGCUUAUAUGUUACCACAACUGACUUGACGAUGUGAAGGUUGAACAAAGAUCUAAUAAAAUGUUCCAAAGCGACUAAGAAAAACUAUAAACAUAAAGGUAUUUCCUUGGGCAUGCAAUUCAUUUCUAAUGAGUUAAAAAUAUUUUAUUAAGUGUUUGCUUUUUAUAUAUCAUAUUCCUUAAUUCUAUAGCAGUGUAGUAUACCAAAACGUUGUUGUUGUUUUUUUGUGAGGGCAAACGUUUUAUUUCCUCUUAUAACAGUUUUGCUCCUAACUACUGUUGAUUUAUUUUGCAUUAUAUUUAAACUAUCUCUGUAACUAAUACACAUUUGCAGCUGUGAUUUGGCUCUAAAGCUUGUAUGGUCUCUGAGCAGGUGCAAAGCAAUUCUUGAAACUGAUUUGAAGACUUUAUAUGAAUUAGUGUGGUGUUACAGAAGGAGUUUAAACAGUGCGUAAUGUGCUUUUUGGAAUAUUCUCAUAUUAUGCACAAAUAUUAUUCUCAUAUUAUGCAGAAAAAACAUGAAUCAUAAUCGAUAUAAUUUAUGAAAAUAAUGCAAGCUUGAAAGAGUCUUUAAAUGUGACACAUACCAAAUACUAAAGAUUUAUUUUCAAUCACAUUA